AUGCAAGUACGACCGCAUUCAAGCGGAGACACGCCUCGCAGAGUCAAGAAAGAGACUUCCACAUCAAAGCAGCCCAGCGCUGCACAAUCACCGGCCAUAAAGGGCGAGCGUGAAGAGACGAUAGGUGGCGAUCUCAGCAUCAAGCUUGAGCCCGGCAAAGCCCCAAAGCUGUCCCGCACAAUGUCGCAAAAAGUCAUCACCGGUCCUCGACAGUUGUUCAACGACUUGCCUGACUCUACUGAUGAAGCUACCUCGACCUUUGAUCUUCUGCCCGAUUGCACGUACGGUGCGAGGCAUCUUGGCACUACCGAGCAAGCGCUCGAAUGCGACUGCGUUGAAGAAUGGGAUGCGCAAACACAAUCCAAUCAUGCAUGCGGCGAAGACUCUGAUUGCAUCAACCGGGCCACCAAGAUGGAGUGCCCGGGGGAUUGCGGCUGUGGAGACGGGUGCCAGAACCAGCGCUUCCAACAAAAGGUCUACGCCGACGUUUCUGUCAUCAAGACUGACAAGAAAGGCUUCGGCCUGCGUACUAACAAUCAUCUCAAGCCAAAUGAUUUCAUCUUCGAAUACAUUGGCGAAGUCAUCUCGGAGCCUGCUUUCAGGCGGCGCAUGCACCAAUAUGAUCAAGAAGGCAUCAAGCACUUCUAUUUCAUGUCCCUCGCCAAGAGUGAGUUCGUCGACGCGACAAAGAAGGGUAACCUCGGCCGUUUCUGCAACCAUUCGUGUAACCCAAAUUGUUAUGUCGACAAAUGGGUCGUGGGCGAUCGACUCCGCAUGGGAAUUUUCGCCGAGCGCCAAAUCGAAGCUGGAGAAGAACUUACCUUCAACUACAAUGUCGACCGCUACGGAGCUGACCCUCAACCCUGCUAUUGCGGCGAACCGAAUUGUUCUGGAUUCAUCGGCGGCAAAACACAAACUGACGACCGUGGAACACAACUUUCCUCAACCAUCCAAAAAGCUCUCGGUAUCUUUGGCAACGAAGACUGGGAGAACGCCGCCCACACCAAAAAGCCCCGUAAGAAAAAGGCCUCUGAAGAUGACGAAGAGUACAUCGACAGCAUUGAGCUUAAGCAGCUGGGUCCAGCAGACGUCAAGGUCGUCAUGGGAGAAAUAUACAAGACUCAGGAAAAGUGGAUCAUCGUCAAGCUUCUCAAUCGUAUACAAAACUGCGAGAAUGAGAACGUGCAGUUCAAGGUGGCCAAAAUGCAUGGCUAUGUCAUCCUCAACAAGCUUCUCAAGACAUACGCCGACGACACGAACAUCUUGUUGCAAAUCCUGGAUAUUCUUAACAAGAUUCCCAGAUUAACUCGCAACAAGAUUGUCGACUCCAAGAUCGAUGUCACUGUCGAAGGCUUGCUCGAACAUGAAGAUGAGAGAGUGAAGUCACAAGCUGCAAAGAUCUAUGAUGAGUGGAGCAAGCUAGUCAUCGCUUACCGUAUCCCACGUAUGAAGAGGGACCCCAACGUGUUGCAGCAAGACAAGCGAUCCGAUCGCCCUGAAAGAAAGAACCGCGAGCGCAGACCAUCUGCCAAAGCCAUACCUUCGGGCCCUCGCGGAGGUGGGCGUGGUGGAUUCUUCCAAGGCGGUCCCCGCCCUCCUUUCAGACCCAGAGCUCCUCCUCCGGUUGAGCUUCCGCCUGGCUGGUAUGUUGCAUUCGACCAAAACGGCACACGGUACUACUAUGAUGGAGAUGGCAAUGUCCAAUGGAUACCACCCACACAAGCCUCGCUCAACGCGCCUCCUCCGCCGCCCCCCAGAGUCUUGUCCGAAGCGCAAAAACUCGAAGAUUUGAUCCAGGGUAUCGUGAACAAGAAAGACACACCAAGCACCGACAAGCCAUCAGCUACCGCGACACCAACCGAGACACCGAUCAAGGCCAAACCUGAUGAGAAGUGGCGUUCGUUACCUGAAGAGAAGCAGAAGAGGGUGUACGAAAACACGCUCUUCCCAUCUGUCAUUUAUGUUGCAAACAAAUACAAGGGAAAACUCGACAGAGAUGACAUCAAGCGUUUUGCCAAAGAAUGCUCGAAAAAGCUUGUCAAUUCCGACUUCAAGAACAAGCGUGUUACUGACCCGAGCAAGAUUGACCCCAAACAAGAGAAAGCGGUCAAAAAGUUCGUGACUGAGUUCUUCGAGAGGGCUGUCGUCAAGAAGAAAGAGCACGAUCAACGAAAAGGACAAGGCUCAACCCAAACAGGCACGGAUGAUAUGCAGGUUGACUCUCCCAAGGAUGCCGGCAAUGGCGACCUUUCCAAUGUGACUGGCGGGAAUAACAACGACAAUAUCUCCGCAUCGCUCAGCCCGGCAAACUUGAAGCGAGCACGGAACGACGAAAGCUCGACAACAGGAGCCGCACAUGAAGACGACCCACAAGGCAAGAAGGCCAAAGUCUCUGCACCUGCCCCUCCACCACCUCCACCUCCACCAGCCGGGGGCAUGCGUGAGGACGAUGUGGAAAUAGGCAGCGAUAACUACUCUAGCGUUGAAGGUUUUUCGAUCAAGGGUGCCGCUGGUGGACUCCAACAGCGUCAGCCAAAGUAUGCGGAAUCACCAAUGCAAAUCGCAACGCCCCCUACAACCAACAGCCCGGACGCAGAAGAAAGAGAGAGACGUCGCAGAGAGUUCAGCGGACUGAACGCAGAUCGGAUGAAGAAUCUAGGAUUCAUGAAUGGCGCAAACAUUCGUUGA